UUUUUAAGAAUUAGUUAUUCCGCAUAUAGUUGUGACAACUGUCUCCGUGUUGGUGCAACGGUUUACCCCCACGAACAGCAAAGGCUAUAUAGCCGACACCGUUAAGAAUUUCAUCUUCAGAACUAAAAGUCAGUGUCAAGGGAAUCUACCUUGAAUACUCAUAAGAUGAAGUAUUAUCAAUAUUUUGCACUUUGUUCGUGCUUACUCGUUUUUGGGCAAGCUUUUUCACUUCCACAACAUGUCGAGUUCUCUGAACACUAUCAACAAAAAGCAGUGGACUCUCGCAAAUUUGCCGAAAAACCAAAUUCUUUAAAAAAAGUUGGACUGGAUGACAUUGAAGAAAUUAGCACAAAUCAGAUUCAGGAAGGUGGAAAUACAGGAUUUUCGUGGUCGAACAUGCUAAGCAUGCUAAUGCAAAUGCUACUCGGACAAACAACUGGAAUAACUGGUCCUAGUAAAAACGAAAUUGACGAAGUUCCUCCGAGUCCUUGGGCUAAUCUUUUAUCAGUUGGCUUAAGGGUUUUAACUGCUAUUUUGGGUGGUCCGCAACAAACUGUAGAUGGAAUUGAUAAAGUUGAUAAUCAAAGUAGUCCAAUGCAGCAGUUCAUUAGUAUCGUCCUAAAUCUUUUGGAUGCGCUAAAAACAUCAUUUUCGCAUCGCUCAUUAACUGCUCGCUCAAUUGGAAAAAGAGACACAGUAUCUGAAGCUGCUGUAGCAUCUAUUUCAAUGUUAAAGGGUUACGUAAAAUCUAUAAAGUCAUUCGGAAAUUUAGCAGCAGUUGAAGAAGAAGGACAACGAGGAUGUGCUGAACGUGCAUUAUGCGAGGCCAGUGCUGAAUGCAUUGCUAAUGCACAAGGGACUAGUUCUAUCUUUUGUCAGUUAGGGUCAUAUGCAACGAGUUAUCUACUUCAAAAACAAAGUGGUGUUGGUUUUGAUGCGCUUUAUGCAGCCGGGAGACGUGGACGAUCUGGUGAAGACUGUAGAUCUCUAUUUGUUGAAUGCAACGCUGUUUAAAUAUUUAUUUAACGUUAUACAUUAUUUUAGCUUUGCAUAGGUAAUUGAAGGAUCGAUCUAAGUGAACACUCAUUACAUGCAUGUAACUGUUACAGAAAUAUUAUUGUACCCAUAGUGUAUGGACUAACUGCUUUAUGACAGUUAUGUGUAUGUGAAUAGUAUUCGCUAGGAAAUCACUUGUUUCAACAUAAAAAAUUAUUCAUACAUUAAUUGAGUCAACACAGUUCACGAUUCAAAGAAAUAAUUAAGGUGCAACACCUAAUCAUCGACAUAUACCCAAUUAUCAACAAUUAUAUUCAUUUUUCUAAUGUUAUUAGGAAAAUGAUAUGUAAGAUUCAUUUUUUUACUUUAUAUAUGAAGCACAUUAAUUUCAUUUAAAUAUUUUUUGAUACAAAAAAUUUAUUUUGUUCUGUCAAUAAUUAGAUCAUUGAGUUUCUAAAAUUAAUAAUAACAAUUUUAGAUUUUUGCUUGUACACAAAUUACAUCUGACUUGAAAAAUAGAAAUUUCAUUUUAUAAUAUAUUUCAUAACUCAAGUUAGAAUGAGAUUUUUCCAAGUUCUCAUUUUAAAAUGGAUAUGUUUGUGAUUUGAAAAUUUUAAUCAUUUAACACCGACAUCGUCGAUGUUAAAUAGAAGGACUAUUAUGUAUUAUUUAAAUUAUUACUAUUAAGGUAACUUGUAAAUAUUUAUUUAAGUUUAGAAAAAACAAUAAAAGCAUACUUUGUUCUAAAUA